AUGCCUGGGUAUUUUAACAGGAAUAUUCUACUUCUAACAGACACCCUGACUGAUAUACAUGUAUUGUUAUUAUUAUUAUCAUUAUUAUUAUUAUUGUUGUUGUUGUUGUUAUUAUUAUCAUUGUUAGAUUUAUAUAAAAAUGGUCUACAGAGGGGUAACUUUCUCCCAUUUAUUGAUGUACUAAAGGAUCAUUGUACUAUUAUCCAACUGGAUUCAAUUGAUUACAGGAAGAAGUUAUUAUUAUCUGAAGGAGUGUAUUUAGUUUCUUGUACUGUACAUGUGUGUCUUCUGUCUAGUCCUAAUUCGUCUAUCAAUAAUUCUAAAUUGUUUCAAUUAUUUACUGAACUCUGUCAAAGGGAAGGAAAAGUUAUUUCACGGACCAAGUUAAAGUUUUUAGGACAAGAGCUACUCAUAGACCAGUCAUGUGCUGACUUGGCAUAUUUCCACUUUGAUGAGCUUUGUAACAGACCCCUAAGUGCUGCUGAUUACAUUGAAAUAUGUAAAGUAUUCAAUACAAUAUUCAUACAAGAUAUUCCAUGCAUUACUAACCAAAUGAGGACUCAAGGAAGACGAUUCAUUACACUAAUAGAUACACUCUAUGAUCAUAAAGUUGAGUUAGUGUGUACAGCUCAAACUUCUCCUUCAAAAUUAUUUUCCAAUAAAAUAAUGAAAAGUGACAGUGAUCAUACCAGACAACUAAUGGAUGACCUUCAAAUUAAUCAAGAGGAUGCAGUGUCUUACAGUAUAUUUACUGGUGAGGAAGAGCUCUUUGCUUAUGACAGAACAAUAUCAAGACUGUAUGAGAUGCAGAGUAAUGAAUAUAUAAUGAUUAAUAAUAAUAAUGAUAAUUGAUUAUUUAAUACAUGUAGCUUAUAUUUAUUAUUAUUUUUAUUAUUUUCACCAAAUUAUGUACGUGUAGCUUUUAAAAAACAUGGACCUGUUUGUGUCCAUAUAUGGCAA